AUGGAUGAGCUACCCUUCCGGAACUGGUGCUUGAGCUGCCUUCAUACUAGUAUCGCAAACUAUGACCCUCGGCAAAACAAGCCCUUUCAAAUCUACUGUGCUGUCAAUGAAAACACUAAUAACUCAUCUUGUGGGCAGUGUUCUGGUCGAAAGAUUACCUGUGAAGCGCCCUCCUUGGGAAUGCUAGGUGACGUCUACGACUUGUGCGCGAUUCUGGAGUGGACUGGUACGUUUUGGUCUCGCGGCGAAACCUUAUACUGGAAUUCGAGCUUUUGCGUUGCUGUUUGCGAGGCCUCCAAGGAGCUCUGCCUCAGGUUUGAGCAUGCCGAAAUGACUCAUCGCCGCUUCCAUAUGUUGACUGUCAUCGAUUGGGACGAUUCAAACGAACAGCAGAAUGCUGAUAUCGAUAACUACCGAAGAUUCCUUGCUAAACGGCGCGCCUCGCUAGAUGUAAUGACAGCCCCCAUCACAGGCAUGAUCAAUCGCCAGGACUGGGUUACUUACAACCCGGAGAGACUGUUGCGCCUCUGCAGAGGAGACACUGGUUUCUUGGAGUGGUCUGAGGCAAAGACAGAGUUCCUUGAUCGUAUUCUGCGGGAGUCAAUUUCGCUCUAUGGUGGUGAGGGAUCUAAAUUCGGAAGACAGAGAGUGGGUUCUAUUAAGGACAGCUUCCCCGUGAAUCUGGAGUAG